AUGGCGAAAGUUGCCUCAGCAGUUACCGGUUACUUUCGCCGGUAUAGCGCCAAAGAAUGGGCCAACUACUUCAUGUCGACACAUUUCUGGGGACCCGUUGCUAACUGGGGCAUUCCACUCGCAGCAAUAGCCGAUCUGAAGAAAAAUCCCGAUAUGAUCUCUGGUAACAUGACAGUAGCCCUGUGCAUGUAUUCGUCAGUGUUCAUGCGGUUUGCAUGGCACGUUCAACCACGAAAUCUUCUGCUUUUCGCGUGUCACUUCACGAACUUAUCGGCACAGUCAGCACAGCUCGCCCGUUUCCUGAAUCACAACUACUUGCAUGUUAUAGAGGAUCCCGUAUUGAAAAAGGAGCGCUUAGCUGGAGGAGCUAAGUCUAAAACUGACCUUCCUGUUCAGCAAAGCAAGUCUAAGUGA